GACGCACCAAAUUGGAACAUCGAAGCCCUCGCAGACACCACUGUUCCCCAAUCAGCCGCCUUUCCCUAACUAGGGUUUUCACAGAUCAGAGAAGCCGAGCCGAUCGCUUCCAUCGCCCUCUCCUCCCUCUUCUCCAUCGGCAGGGGGAGAGGACGAAAACCCAACAACAGCAACCAGGGGAAGGGAGGAAUUAAUCAAUAAAGGAACCACCUUUCGCCGGCGCACGAGGGACAGUCCCUACCCAGACAUGACCGGGAAGGCGAAGCCCAAGAAGCACACCGCCAAGGAGAUCGCCGCCAAGGUCGACGCGGCCACCACCAACCGAGGCGGCGGCAAGGCCGGCCGGGCCGAUCGCUCCGGCAUCGAGAAGGGCGGGCACGCCAAGUACGAGUGUCCCCUCUGCAAGAUCACGGCCCCCGACAUCAAAUCGAUGCAGAUUCAUCACGACGCCCGCCACCCCAAGAUCCCAUUCGACGAGUCCAAGCUCAACAACCUCCACGCCACUUGCGCGGCCGAAUCGUCGAAGCCUCGCCCGGGCAUCAGGGGCAGCUUGAAGAAGUGAAUCUGGAGCGUCGUGAACUGGAACCGUUAGAAUCUUUUUUUUUUUUCGGGGGCUUGGUUUUUCUUUCCUAUCGUUUUUUUUUUGGGUAAGUUGGGUGAGUGGUGUAAUUGUUGGAUGGUGGUGAAGGGAAGGUGUUCGAUGAAACAGGCGACUGUCGAUCUCUUAUAGAUCCUCUCCCUGGUGCGUGCAGUGUAUGGGUAGCCUUAUGGCGUUGAAAUUGGCUUUUACGGGUACUGAGUCUGCCUAUGAUUGGAUGUCAAGUUCUGCUCCUUAGUCCUUUUGGCAAUAUAAGUCUAAAUUUUGUUUAUCACUAAA